AUGUUUACUAUGAGUUUCGAUGGCGUGUCGCAAUUAGAACUCGGACUAAACUUUGUUGACGAGCCAAAAGAUGUUAUUGGUAUUAAGGGGAAGCCCCUUUCCUUAUUCUGUCAACUAAGGGCGACUCGUCACAAAGAUUCAUACAAUAUAAUUUGGUAUCAUGACGACAAACCGAUGGAUUUGAGAAAUGACAGAAGGCGAACCGUUUUUCAAAAUGGAACUCUACAUUUUUCAAAACUCAUUCACAAGGGAACCGGUCAUUCCGAUCAAGGAGAAUAUAGAUGCGUUGCAGUAAGAGAAAAUGGUUCAUUGAGUUCGAAACCGGGUUAUUUGAGAAUAAGUGGUUCGCCGGAAAAUUUUUCUCGACAUCCAACUGCACAAGAUGUUAAAAUUGGAUCGAAUGUGCGGUUCACGUGCGAAAUUAAUUAUGGUCCCAAUAUAAAAAUCGAUUGGGAAAAAGAUGCGAAAAAAAUUCGACAUAAUUCGUGGAAAUACGUUACGAUUUCGGGACCCGAUAUCCCCGGGAGCAUUCUCUACGUAUUCAAUGUAAAUUCUGAUGAUUCUGGAAGCUACAGAUGUACUGCUAAAAAUGUUUUAUCGAAUAAGCAACGCCACAGCGCCAGUGGUUUGCUCACCGUAUUACCUCGAAAACAUGACCCUGAUUUAAUAACAUUCCUUUCUGCUCAACAAUCUUUGUUGCCUUCUCUUUCGACAAGCGUGAGGGAAAUAAAAGAAGGUGACAAUAUAACUUUAGAUUGUGUUGUAAAUAAUUACUCCAUUCCCAUAUCAGGUUGGACGUUUAUAGAAAACGGUCAAAAUUUUUCUAAAAACAUAUAUAAUUUUACCAGUCAAGGUUUUAGCAUAGUGAAUUUAAAAAAUGUCACUCGACAUCAAGCGGGAUGGUAUAUAUGCAGUGCCAUGAAUCCAUUUAACAAAAACGCAAAAACGUUAAAAAUCAAUUUGAAAAUUUUAACGCCACCAGAAAUUCAAGAAAAAUCCGAGAGCAUCGUUUUUCGAACGGCUAAAACGGUUCGUUUUCGAUGCGUCGCAUUUGGAAAUCCGGUACCUGAAAUAUCUUGGUUAAAAGAUGGACAACUUUUUAAUAUAACCGUAAAUGACUCACUCCAAGUAAGAAUAUCAGAAUUGAUUGUAUCAAGCACGGUGGCAAGUGAUGCGGGAAUUUAUCAGUGCAUGGCAAAAAAUACAGUCGGCUGGUCUUGGGGAGCUAGUCGAUUAUUUUUGAACGCUUCAAAACCUGCUCCCGGUGCUCCCGAAAAGGUUUCCUGCGAAUCCGUGUCAUCGACGGAAAUCAAAUUAACAUGGGACGUAUCGAAUUCUUCCAAAGAAAUAAAGGCAUUUUCAGUGCACUAUCAUCUCACCGAUUACGGUGAAGAAAUGCAAAAAGUAAUGCCGUCAAAUUUUCGUUCUAUUCAAAUCGAUAAAUUACUGCCGUUUAGUAAUUAUACAUUUUAUUUAAGACUGUACAUGGAUUCAGCGAGUGAAUUUUCCGAAAAAGCCAUUUGUCAAACGGAUGAAGAAGUUCCAACCGAUGCUCCGUUAAAAAAAUGGCAGGUCAUCAGUCCGAAUUCAAUAUUAGUGUCAUGGCUUCCAUUAAAUAAAGAAAAAGCGAGAGGUGUUGUAAACAGGUACAAAAUUCAGUGGCGUAACGUUAAAUCUCCUUCAUCGAGAGUUGUCGAAGUCGGUGGAAACGUAUUUAAUUAUACAAUCACCGAAUUGGUUUCUGGGAAAAAAUACGAUUUGAGAGUAUUAGCUGCAACUAAUAAGGGUUGGCCAGAAAUGGAUUUACCAUGGGAAACUUUCGAAAUCCCGUUAAAUUUUCAUUCGAAUAUUCCUUCCCCUCCGGAAAUUAUACUACAAGCUUUAAAUUCGUCGGAAAUAGAAGUCAGAUGGAAUUUACCUAGUAAAGAAAUCAAAGUCAUCGGUUAUAAAAUAUUUUAUCGAAAGCAAAACAGCAGUCAAGUCGGUCCGAUAAUUGUUCCUGCGGAUACUAAGAAGUACAUAGUGGCCGGUUUGGAACCAGAAACUUGGUACGAAAUAACCGUUUUGGGAUUUACCUCGGAGGACGAUGGAGAAACCGGUGUCAGUUUCAUGCACACACUUUCAAACGUGGGAUCGUCUAACAAAAUGAUGUCGGAAUUUCCUUCCAUUCCCGAACCACCGGUUUCAUUAGAAGCCGAACCCAUUAGUUCCAGAGCAAUUAAUUUAACUUGGAGUAUUUCACAACAAGCAACACCGGGAUUAAUCAAUAUCAAACAUUUUACAAUUUGCUUCAAUCCCGUACAAAAUAGUCUUGACAAAAAUGCUGUAGUUCGUUGUGUUAAAAGCCUAGAAAAUAAAAUUUUAAUAUCUGGCCUAAAUCCGCACACUCUUUACGAGUUUAAAGUUAGGUCUCAUAAUUCAAAUGAAAAAUACAGCGCGUUCAGUCAAACGAUAGAAUGUUAUACUUUAGAAGAUGUUCCGAGUCAAGUUUUGGAUAUUAGUUGGAAAGCACUUAAUAAAACCGCAAUUCAAGUUUUCUGGAAGGAGCCGACACAUAUUAAUGGAAUUUUAAAAAGUUAUUCAUUGUUUUACUCCGACGAUUCGAGUCUACCUCUAGAGUUGUGGAAAGUUAAAUCAGUUUCUUCCGACACUCACGAAACACUCUUGACAGAUCUUAAUUCGAAUUUAAAAUAUUAUCUGAUAAUUAGAGGUUCAACGAAUGCAGGUCUGGGAUCGUAUGCCACCCCAAAAGAAUUUUACUUACUUUCCGCGAUGAAAUCGAGGAAUUUUCACAGCGAUCACUACAUAGUAGUGGGACUCGGUAUUGGAGUUUUUUGUAUCAUCAUAUGCACGACUUGUAUUUUAUGUCGAAGAAGGUGUUUGAAACGACAGGUAGUUCAAGAAUUAGAAAUCGCAUCUUCCCGACGUGGCAAUGGGAACGCGUGCCAAAGAGAUAAAGAACUUAUUGCGGAAUCACGGGAAACUGAAUAUUUUACUUUCUUAUCGGAACAAAGGCAACCCAAUGCGGUGGAAGUAGCCGUGAGGCAUUUAGAUGGCAAAGGAGAUUAUUCUAAUGGUUCGGCCAACGGAAUAAAAAUGUCUUUAUUGAACGAAAACAAAAUGUCGAAAGAAGGAUUGACUAAAAGAAGUAUAUACAUUACUGAAAAUCCAAGGGGUAAACCCUCUUACUCUGCUGUACAUCAUCGGAGUAAUAAUUACGGUAGCGGAAAAUUCAAUAUCGAUUGUUCGAACGAGUCGAAAACUCCGCUUCUUAACGUUCAAAGAAAAAAUUUGGAAUCGAAUUUAAAUAAUGCAAUCAAUAAUAACGACAUUUCAAAGGGGGAAACAUGCGAAAGGGUGGUUGUUUCGAGGACUUCGUUUCAAUUCGUCGAAAAGAAUCAAGAGUCUAAGGAUAAAAAGGAAAAAGGGAUCGAACCUUUGAAUUCGGAAAGGAAAAUUACAUCCGAUGGGAGGGACGGGGACGACGAUAGCAGUUCAGAACGCAAUAGCGAAGAUGAAGAAUCGUGGUUGAACAUAAGCAGCAUAUUGCAAAAUCCAGAAUUUAGGUUUUCCAAUUCGAAAUCAUCGGAAAAUUUGGUAAGGAAAAAUUGCGGGUACGACACCGGGGAAAACUAUUUGAAAAAUAACAACGAACGUAACGGAAAAUGUUUGGAUAAAAAAAAUGAUGGAAUGAAUUAUUCGCUCGAUUAUUAUUGCAUUUAUAGAAAUCCCGAUUCAUCCUUACAUUUUAUUUCGAAAGAAAUAAUUCAAGAAUCUUAA